AAUACAGCGCAUAGAGCCACUGAUGUGUCAUUAAUAUUUCAUUCCUUUUACAAGGUGGGGGUGUCCCCUACAGCUGGACAACACCCAGAAUCCGCUAGGGUGGGGCGUUUGAGAGCUCUGCUACAGCGAAAAUCCUGCACCGCUUUACCGAUUGGGUUCCGUUAAUGCUAGUAUAAUUGUUGACAGACUUCCAGAAGCAAAUUACUGGGAUAUGUCAAGCCCACAACUCAUCACCCCAAGGGGCUUUGCCCCCAACUAGGGACCACGUGUCUUCUUUUUUGCCAAUAUUUCAACUUGGGGAAAGCCGUGUGUGACUGACUUCUCACGGAUCACUGGGUUUGUGCAAGAGGUGACACAAUGGUUGGCUCUCUACUUCUUUGUAUAGUUGUGGCUCUUCUGGGGUUAACUCUUGGCUGCCCAGAACCCUGCAGCUGUGUUGACAAGUAUAAUCAACAGUUUGCCGACUGUACCUACAAAAAGCUUCAGAAGAUCCCAAAUGGGUUUCCUUCUAAUGUUACGACACUUAGCCUGUCUGCCAAUAAGAUUACAUCUCUAAAGAAGUCAAACUUUAUAGAUGUGCCUCAAGUAACAUCCCUCUGGCUGGCUCACAAUGAGAUAAGUGAGAUAGAGGAAGGAGCCCUGGCUACAAUAGUGCAUCUGAAGAACUUAGACAUCAGUCAUAACCUACUGGUGGACUUCCCUUGGGGCGAUUUGGCCAGUCUUUCGGCCCUGCAACUUAUUAAAAUGAACAACAAUCGUAUGGUUAACCUGCCUCGUGAUGCUUUUCAAAACCUUAAGGAGCUAAAGUCUCUCAGGAUCAACAAUAACCAAUUUUCUGUCAUUCAAGAGGGGACAUUUAAGCCCCUCAUAUCUAUUUCACACAUCCAAAUUUACAACAACCCCUUCCACUGCUCUUGUUCACUCAUCUGGCUUAAAAAAUGGGCAGAAGAGGCUCAGUUUUCAGUGCCUGAGAAGGACAACAUUGCAUGUGCCUCUCCAGAGGAGCUAAAGGGCACACCAAUUUCCAAGAUACCAGAUUUGCCCUGUGAAGCUCCUACUGUGAAAUUGAGCUAUUACCCAAACCUUGACAAUACAGAGCUUUAUGAUGGCUUCACCCUUACUUUGCAGUGUUUGUCCAGUGGAAUUCCUCAACCAACCAUUAAAUGGAAAGUCCGUAAUGCUACUCAAGAGAUGGAGAUAAAGCAAACAAUUAAUGGACAGGUCAAAGAUCCAGCCAAGUCUCAGACAUCAAGUUCGUUUCUUGUAUAUCAGAAUGGGACUCUGGUUAUUCCUCACCUUAACAAGAAAUUGGAAGGUACAUACAUUUGUGAAGGUAACAAUGAAAUGGGCAGUAGUCAAGCUUCAGUCAAUGUGUCUGUAGCAGGGAGCCAGAAAUAUCCCACCAAGAUUUUAGAGGAACCAACAAAAAGCAAGAUGCCACCAGAGAACAAGAAACCUGGGAUAAAGACAUUGGAUAAUGGUAACAGCGUCCUAAAACCAGACAAGUCAGAGGAGAAAGACAAGCCUCUGAUUCCUACAGAUCAUCCCUUAAUGACUGUUGGAAAUAAAUUGGGUAUUUUAGAAGACCCCAACCAUCCUUCUGCUGCCAAAAAAUGUGGACCAAGUACUGGUGGACAACAUAUAUCCAACCACGCAUUCAAUGAAAGUACCAACCUGAAGCCUCACACAUUUGAGCUUGGGGUUAUUGCUUUGGAUGUAUCAGAGAAGGAUGCAAAGGUUCAGAUCACUCCAUAUCAUAAUCGGCAAGGAAAUGACCACCUACGGAUGCUGUACUUAUGUCAGGAAGGUGACAGUGGCCUUUCCUUGGUACAGUGGUCAGAGAUUGAGGACAGGGUGAACUCUUAUUGGUUCAGAGGGUUAAUACCUGGUACUAAUUACUCUGUUUGUUUGGCCUACAAGGGGGAGGAUUGCCAGGUGCAAGUGGUUUUCACUACCAAGAAAGAAGUGCCAUCUUUGAUUAUCAUUAUUGUGGUGAGCAUUUUCCUUCUGGGUUUGGCCACCAUUCCUCUUAUGGGUGCUACUUGUUGUCACCUUCUUUCCAAGUACCAUGGUAAGAAUUAUAAGUUAAUCAUGAAGGCUCAGAAAUCAGAUCCUAUGGCAAAACAAAUGGCUGCUGACUUUGACCCAAGAGCAUCCUAUGUAGAAUCAGAAAAGAAUUUUAACCCUAGUGAGAUAGGUGAUGGGGAGGCUGAAGGGGAUUCAGUGCCCAUAGAGGGAGAAGGAGAAGGGGAGGGAGAGGCAGAAGUUGAAGGAAGUGUUUUGGAUGAGACUAUUCCAAGCUCACAGUCAAAGACCAACCAGGAUGAGUUUGAGGUGGGAUCUGAGUACAGUGACAGGCUUCCUCUUGGUGCUGAAGCUGUGACCAUUUCUGAGGAGAUCAAUGGUAAUUACAAAGAGCCUGCAUGCUAAGCUGUGCAUGUCAGUGAUGCUCAUACUUUCCAAAAACUGCCAUAUGCUCGGUAAUCUAUGGGAAAUAGAGAGGGGUGAGUAGUAGCCAACAAGGGUUUUAUGAGGUUACAGUCAGCAGUCAAAAACAACCCAAAAUUUAUAUGACUCUUAUGGUGCUAUAAAUCCAUGUCAAUUUUUAUCUUUAUCCUCAAAGUUUUUACUUAUGUGCCUGUGCCAAACCAGCGGCAGAUUAUUUACACCAUAAUGUGGAUUUAAGGAUCUAAGAGACAAUGAAAAUCUGUACACAUAUACUGUACAGCGUGUUGUGACACAAAACAUCUACUAUAUCUCUAAACAAAUACACAAAUGAACAUGAGAACCGCAUUCUAGGGAUUCCAAAACUGAUUAAAAAUUGGUCAAUUUCAGCAUUAUUUAGGCUAAAACUCACUCACAAGGUCAUUAGCUCAAAUCUACAUAGACAAGAAUGUUUUUAAUCAGGAAUAUCAGCUUAUUUUGCAUCUUUUCAGCCUAAAGCUGGUUGAAAUGGAUUGAUAUUUAUUUUUUCACAAAACUAUAAACUUAAUAAGGUAUGCCCACCUCUUUACAUACACAAGUAUGAGCAGGUUGGAGUCACGGAGUGCACUCACUGACACUGACUGCCUUCCAGAUCCUCCAUCUAAUCGCUUCCCCUAUGGCGUUUGACAAUUUUCCCUGAGUACAUAUGGGCAAGGCAUCUCUUGUGAAAGGCAAGAUUCACCCAUACAGACCAGUUAUUCCAAUUGCCUGUGUAAAUCCAUUUUACACGUUGUACACUUAUUUUGAUAUUUCAUACAAUAAAACAGGCAGAAAUUUAAGAGCCAAUAGACUACUUUUGUUCUU